CUCUCUCAUAACUAUCUUUUACAUUCUCUCCACUCAGUUCAAACUAGGUCUUUUCAGCAAUACUUGUUAAGAUCCGUCUUUGAAACUGUUUAAACAAGUCUACAUCACAUAACCACAUAAAUUUUUGACCAAAAAAGUAAAAUAAUAAGAUGAGUAGAAGACUUUCCAUCUUCUACUCUGUGUUACUUCUCAUCUUUGCAUCACCGUCCCUGCUUUCUCCCGUCACCGGGGACCUCGCCGGAGACAGACAAGCCCUUCUUGACUUCCUCAACAACAUCACUCACCCACGGUCUCUAGCGUGGAACGCAAGCAGCCCAAUAUGCGCCACGUGGUCAGGCGUCACGUGCAAUAGAGACAGCACACGUGUCACCGCCCUUCACUUGCCAGGAGCGAGUCUUCUCGGAACUCUUCCUCCUGGAACCAUCAGCCGUCUAUCGGAGCUUGAGAUUCUAAGUCUCCGAUCCAACGGGUUACGUGGCCCCUUCCCAAUAGAUUUCUUGCAGCUCAAGAAACUAAAAGCUAUUACCCUAAGCAACAACAAGUUCUCCGGUCCAUUACCCUCUGACUACACUACGUGGAUGAACCUCACCGUUCUUGACCUGUUUGGUAACCGGUUUAACGGUAGCAUCCCCUCGGGACUAGCAAACCUAACCGGACUCUUGUCGCUAAACUUGGCUGAAAAUGAACUUUCCGGUGAGAUCCCUGAUCUUAACCUCCCCGGUCUACGCAGACUUAACGUAUCCAACAACAACCUCACUGGAUCAGUACCAAAGUCUUUGAAAAGAUUCGGACACUCAUCUUUUUCCGGCAACAACUUAACUUACGACGACACCUCUCCUCCGGUUGGUUCACCGGCGCAGAAAGAGAAAGAACAAGAAGAAGACAAACACGGGAUCUACAUCUCUGAGCCAGCUAUACUAGGGAUAGCAAUAACCGGUUGCUUCUUGAUAUUCUUUGUAAUUGCGGUUUUGAUAAUCAUUUGCUACGUGAAGAGAAAGAAGAGACAAGAAACCAAACCAGAGACGCUUACACCGGCUAAGGCAAAUCCAAAAAACCUACCAAGUGAAAAAGAAGUUUCUAAAUCAAGAAAAGAGAUGAACAUAGAAGAUAUGGAGGAGAAGAGUGAAUUUAACAGAAUAGUUUUCUUUGAAGGAAACAAUCUUGCUUUUAAUUUGGAAGACUUGUUGACAUCUUCGGCUGAGUUUCUAGGGAAAGGCACUUUUGGGAUGACCUACAAAGCGGUUCUUGGAGAUGCCAAGGUCAUCGCGGUGAAGCGAUUUAAGGAUGUGUCGGUGUCAAGAAAGGAUUUCAAACAUCAGAUGGAGAUCGUUGGAAACAUUAGGCAUGAGAACGUUGCUCCUUUGAGAGCUUACGUGUGUUCCAAGGAAGAGAAGCUUAUGGUCUUUGAUUACUAUCCGAGAGGAAGUCUCUCUGUUCUUCUUCAUGGCAAGAAUGGCAACGAGGACCACGUUCCGUUGGACUGGGAAACGCGGUUAAGAUUCCUGAUCGGAUUAGCAAAAGGAUUAGCUCACUUACACACACAACACAAGCUCGCACAUGGCGACAUCAAAUCUUCCAAUGUCUUUUUGAACUCCAAAGGAUAUGGAUGUAUAUCAGAAACCGGUUUAGCUCUCCUAACCAACCCGGUCAUCAGAGCAGACUCAUCAGCCAGAACGGAAAAACGUUACCGUGCCCCGGAAGCAUACGACACAAGGAGAUCGACUCCGGAAUCAGACAUAUAUGGUUUUGGAAUCUUGACGUUGGAAACUCUUAGCGGAAGAUCGAGUAUGGAUGAUAAAAAGGAAGACAUAGAGCUGGUGGUAUGGAUGAAUAAGGUUUUGGCAGAACAAUGGACAGGUGAAGUGUUUGAUUUGGAGCUUGUGAAGACUCCCAACAUUGAAGCAAAGUUGCUUCAGAUGAUAGACUUAGUUCAGCUUUGUACGAAUAGGGUUCCAGCGAAGAGACCGGAGAUAGCGAAGGUGGUUGAGAUAUUGGAAGAGAUUGAGAGGGAAUAAUAAUUAGUAAAUUGUGGAAAUUUACUUUUAUGGAUUUUAGCCUAAUUUUCAGUUCCAGUUUUUUUACCUUUAAAAAUAUUACCAAAUUUUAAAUUAAACUAUUUUCGAUUAUACUGAAACUUGUGAAAGAAUUGAGAAUUUUUUUUUUUUUUUGAAGAAAACAACGUGAUAUAUGACUUCAAUUAAAUCUUGAAACGACUAAAAUUUUAUGGAGGUAUGUAAUACAUGCAUGUACAAUAAAAAACGAAAACUAUAAUUGGUAUAGUGUGUAAACUCGAUUAUAUAUGAUUUAUUUCCGGCGGUCAUAUUUUAUUACAUUGCGCACUGACAUGAAGUUAUAGCUUUGAAAAUUAGUAUAAGCUCGAAUCAAGGACAUUACUGAAAACAAAUAUAAAACGACAACAGACUCACCUCUAAUAUUUGACCAAAAAAACGACAACAAAUGGAUUCUAAUAAUUAGUGAAUAUUGUAAGGACACAAUCAGCUGGAAAACAGACUCACCUCUCUUUUGGACCAACGUUGAUACAUUUUUAGAAUUCCAACGUAAUUCAAAUAAUAGAAGCUUUUUCACAUUCACAAGUUUGAGUUUCCAAUUCCAAAAACGGUUUAUUAUGAAAAUUAAGCAUCAAUAAUUGUGGAGCAAAAAUGAGUUUUGCCCGAGAGAUGAGGGUAGUCCAUAAAGUAGAAAAUAUUUGUUCAAUAAAAUGCCAAAAGAAGCUCCCAUGAAUCCCAUUACCUCUUUACAUCGUUCUGCCUAGAGUUCUCAUUAACUUUUCCUUUCCUUCCUUUUUAUCUCCCCCUUGUUCUUCCCUCUCUAGAAAUUAAGAGAGGGGAGAACCUUUGAUAACAGCAAAAAGAUAUUAUAUAGCUGAAUAUAUAAUUUCUUAUAUAUCAAAGUAAUUAAGGUGAAGAGGGAAAGGGAGGAAACAUAAACUUCAAAAUGUCGGUUUCAAGGCUUUUCUUCGGAGUUCUUACAAUCCUAGCUGUAGUUUCCUCUAUUUUGUUGUCAAUGGCACAUGCUCAAUCAGCAGCUCCUGCUCCAGCUCCGACAAGCGAUGGAACAACAAUAGACCAAGGCAUAGCAUAUCUCCUUAUGUUGGUGGCAUUGGUCCUUACUUAUCUCAUCCAUUGAUCCUUCUAUCAUUUUAAUAUUGGUCUCUAUUUAGUUUAAUUAUAUUUUCUCGUUUUGAUUAUAAUUAAAUAGAGACCAGAAAAGAUUUAUAUGUGGUAGAGAAAUUAACGAGGUUUUCUUAUUUUUGGAGUAUACAAUUUUGAAGUUCAUUUCUAUAAAGUCGAUGUGCGUUCAACUGUUG